AUGGGGAACAUCCAUCCAGUUGUUUGUGUGGUUGGAGGAUCAUGGCUACUGGGAAUUUGCUAUUUUGUCGGAUGGAUCAUUUACAACCUUUACUUUCACCCUCUGGCAUCGUUCCCAGGUCCCAAGGCUAACGCAGCCACAUCCCUCCCCUUUUUCCGAUCUGUACUGGGCGGCAGCUUGCCCAUGGACGCACAAAAGCUCCACGAAAAGUAUGGCGACGCAGUGCGUAUUGCGCCAAACGAAGUGACUUUCAUCAACCAGGAUGCAUGGAAAGACAUCUUCUCUAUUCGACCAGGAAAGCCUCAGCGACCCAAGGACCAACGACAUGUGUCGGUCGGACCAAACCAUAUCCCCAGUAUGCUUCGCACGGACGAUAAGACUCACGCGCGCUAUCGACGCUCUUUAUCCCACGGGUUUUCGGAAGGCAGUCUGCAGCGUCAGGAAGUGAUUGUCAAGAGCUAUGUUGACUUGUUGAUUCAACGAUUGCAUGAACUUUCCGGAUCUAGCAGUGCCACAGUCGACAUGACCCGUUGGUACAACUACACCACAUUUGAUAUCAUCGGCGAUCUUGCAUUUGGAGAAUCAUUCGGAUGUCUCGAAAACUCGCAAUAUCAUUUCUGGGUUUCGGUUAUCUUCAGUCAUUUCCGCACUGCGGCAUGGGCCAACGUUCUACGACGUGUCCCCUUUGGACAAGUUCUUAUGAAGUGGAUAGUUCCCAGAAAGGUGCGAGAGGAGAAGGCUGCUCAGAAUCAGAUGACCAAGGAGAAAGUCCAGGCGCGUAUGGCUAAUGGAGACAACGGCCGCCCUGACUUCUUGAGCAAUGUGCUGAAGCAGCCCAUCGAAAAGGGAAUGAGUGAAGAUGAGCUUGUUAGCAACUCUUAUGUCCUCAUCAUUGCAGGCUCUGAGACGACUGCGACCUUGCUAUCCGGGGUAACUUAUUAUAUACUCACUGUGCCGGGCGUGAUGGACAAGCUGAAAGCGGAAAUUCGGGGCGCAUUCACUUCCGAAGACCAGAUCACUUGGUCAGCUGUUAAUCAGCUAAAAUAUACCCUCGCUGUCUUGAAUGAAGGUCUCCGGAUGUACCCUCCCGUGCCUUAUGGGUUUCCUCGAAUGGUAGAGGGCGAGGGUGAUUAUAUCUGUGGUAGAUGGGUUCCCGGUGGAACCGCGGUUGGAGUACCGAUACUUGCAGCUCAACGUUCCUCCAAGAACUUCAAAAACCCCAAUGCCUUCAUUCCAGAGAGGUUCAUGGGUGAUCCCGAGUAUGAAUCCGACAAUCGAAGUGCAGUCCAGCCGUUCAGCGUGGGGCCACGCAACUGUCUCGGCCGCAAUCUCGCAUAUGCGGAAAUGCGAUUGAUUCUGGCCCGGAUGAUUUGGAACUUUGAUAUGGAGAUUUCUGCAGAUUCCAAGCAAUGGAUUAAGCAAUCCUCGUUCGUGGUUUGGGAUAAGGGCAAUUUGAAUGUGAAAUUGACAUCAGCGCCCCAUACGAUUGCAGCGUAA